GAUAGAAGUGCUACAGAAGCCCCAAAAGAAAACUUGGAUCCCCUUCGUCGUCCUUUCUCUCUCUCCCUCCCUCGUUCUCUCUGUGGAGAUCUCGCUUCCCACGGUGCUUCUUAAACAUUAUUUGUUUCUUGUUUGAGCAUUCAUCGGUUUGAAGCCAUUGCUCAUUUCUCGUUUCAUCCUGUCAUUGAUCGGUUCUCGUCGGUUUUCUUACUCUUCUUAUAGUGGCGGACUCUGUUCGGAGGGCAUCUGAACGAAUCCUCGAUCGAGAGAGGAGUUUAGUAUUCGGGCUGCGGAUAGAAGGCUAGACUCUCGAUGGAGGCCGACAUUGCCAUAUCAGAGUCCGAGACAAAGGAAAAUCGUGCUCGUCGCGUUGAUGAAGUUAUUCCCUUGAGCAAUGGAAAGGCUGCGGAAUCCGAAGAAGGGAAAGGAUAUUCGGAUACGACGCAACAGAACGGGAACUCGGAAGCCAUGUUUAACUCCUCCGAUGUUGAAACGGAAGGAAAUGCCGGGACUUCUGAGACCAAAAAGAUGAGUCCUAGUAAGGAGACUGGAGCUAAGCAAUCUGACCAACCUAAAGGUCGAAAGUUGCAAAGUAAAAGUGGUCAUGCUACAAACGGUUCAUACUCUUCAGCUACAAAUUCAAAGCGUGCUCCUCUCCAAUCUUCUGCAGUAAGCAAUUCAGGAUCUUGCAAUGGCAUGCAGUCUACUGAAGGUAAUGAAGCUACUGAAGAAGUUCAUACGAGACCAAAGCCUUCACUUGUGGCCAGCAAAUUUCAGAAACAUGGGAAACCUAGCUCAACAUCAUCUGCCAACAAAAGCUUGGGAUCUGAAGGCAUCAAGGAACAGAAUAACUUGAAGCCUUUGAAACAAGGAUUGCCCUCAAAAGUUGAAGAAGAUGCACAUUCUUCUUCAUCGAGCCCUACAAUUGGAGGGUCCAAGGCACUGAGAAUUGGCACUACUCCUGCAUACAGCUUCAACUUUAGGUGUAAUGAGAGAGCUGAGAAAAGAAGGGAAUUCUUCUCAAAACUUGAAGAAAAGAACAAUGCGAAGGAGGCAGAAAAGAGUUCAUUGCAAGCCAAAUGCAAGGAGAAUCAGGAACAAGAGAUUAAGCUGCUCAGGAAGAGCAUGACAUUCAAGGCCACCCCCAUGCCAAGUUUCUAUCAGGAACCACCUCCCCCAAAAAUUGAAUUGAAGAAGAUACCUCCAACGCGAGCAAGAUCACCAAAGUUAGGAAGGCAUAAAACCUCUGAUGCGGCAGGUGAUGGUGAGGGAGACACUGGUCAUUCACGCAGGCUGGGGCGCUUGAGUCUGGACGAGAGCAAGACGGCCAAUGAGAGUCCUCGAGCUGGAAAAGAACCAAAGAGGCCACAGCGAAAAUCUCUCCCGAAACUUCCCUCCCAGAAGACAAAAGAUGUCAAAUCAGACGGCAAUCCAGCAGCAAAAGAUCUCAAGUCUGGUGACAAUCUAGCCCAUUGCCCUUCAAACCCAGAAGCUGAGGUGACUGAGUUUACUGUCCAGAAGAAACCUGAGUUGGAACAAGCAGGAGAAAAUUCAGAACCAGAUCUGGAGACCAGCUACGAUGCAUAUAUCGGUGAGGUUAAAAAUUCAGAUACGGUUGAGAUCAACAUUGCAGAUACAAGUGAGAUUGAAAAGGUCAACAUAAGUGAGAUAGGGACGGAGAAGUGUUGAUGGCUUUAGAUCGUCCAACAAAGUCUGCAGAUAGGCUUUUUUUUUUCGUUUUUUCUUUUUCCUCCAAGAAAUGUAAGGGAAAAGGAAGUGCCACACCAUGUUCAAGUCUCUGUGGGACUGCUGCCGCGGGUAAGGUGUUUGUUAUUAUGUUCAUAAUCUUCGUGUCUAGUUGUUCAGGUGUUCCCAUGAGCUGUCGUCCCUCUUUCUUUUUUUUCAGAGUCCCCGAUCAAUUUGCUGGAGUGUUGUCAUAUUAUUGUUUAAUAUGACUUUCUUUACUUCCA